UUUCAUUUCUAACCUAUCCUGAGAGAGAAAGAAGAGAAACUCCGAUCAAAAAUGGGGAGUCGAUUAGGAAGACGAGUUGUUCAUUUCGCGAAUCUUCCGAUCAAGCUUCUGAUGCCUACGAAGCUGACGAACAUCCACGAGUUCGCGCUGAAAACGAUACCUUCAGCGACGAAGAUCGAGAUCAAGCGAGUCCUCGAGUCACUCUACGGAUUCGAGGUGGAAAAGGUGAACACUUUGAACAUGGACGGGAAGAAGAAGAAGCGCGGUGGUCUGUUGAUAGCCAAGGCUGACUACAAGAAAGCUUACGUCACGCUCAAAAACCCUUUGUCGAUCUCCAAGGAUCUGUUCCCGGUGAAGUACAUCGAGGAAGAUAGGAAGAGUAAAGUGAAAGGAUCUAGCUUUGUGGAGGAGGAAGAUGAUAAGAAGAGUCACUGGCUUGAUCAGAAGGAGAAGAGGGAGGUCGGUGGCUAUGGUAAUGGUAAAAGUCGUCGCGGCGGCGGCGGUGAGAGGUCGACUUCGACGGCGAGAGCUUCUGCUGCUGCUGCUUCCGGGGCUAAGUUUCCAUGGAGCAGCAUGAGAUUUGGUGGCAAGUAAGGGUUUUUUUGUUACUAGUCCUCAGUAGGGUUUAUGACCAAACUAUUAUUUACCUGGGGUUUGUGUUUCUUUUUAGCUGUCGGAUUAUUAUGGAUUUUGUUUGUGCUGCUUGCUUGUUGUUUCCGUCUUUAAAAGACGAGCUUUUCGUGAAUCUGAAUCUUAUAAGCUCUCAGAGUUUUUGUGUCUUUGGCAAAUAAAUUAUUCAAUUGCAAUUUA